AUGUGGAUCCCAGCUGGAUUCCUUGCAGAAGUGGCGGCCCGCUUGAGGAGUAUAAUGAGGCAGUUUCAAGCUAUGCAGAGCCUGCUGGACAGGACGAACAAGCUGAAGAAGUUCCUUGGCCGGCGAAUAUCCCUGACAACACCCAACCGCGGUCCAACUACCAUGGCCUACAAAAUUCGGCUCUUCCAAAUCCCUUCCAGUGCCCAGAAUGCCCGUACAGUUUCCGCAGUCAAGGAUAGUCAUCACCUCACGCAGCAUAGCCGGCCGUUCAAGUGCGAAGUUACUGGCUGUGGAAAGGCUUUCAGCCAAAGUCCAGGACUCCGGCGCCACAUUAAUUCCGUCCAUACACCGCCGUCGAGGCAAAAGAGAUGGUAUUGCUUGGUGGCUGGAUGUAAGUGCAAGUUGGCCAGUGACGGUACAUCGCGGAAAGAUAGCCUCGAUCGGCACAUGAGAACACAGCACGGAAGGGGGGAUCAUCAGUCGUAUGAUGAUACUACAUAG